GAAGGGGGGCAUGUUUUUGAAAAGACGCGCUGAUCUUGGAAAUAGCUAGUAGACAGUACAUGAGGCGUUGUGAGGACAGUUCUCUACGUGAAAUUUACAGUCAAAGGUCAAUGUAUAGGAAGAAGAGCCAUGGAUGUGUGCAGCCAUGUCAAAGUUGUUGUUCGUGUGCGGCCAAUCAAUGACAAGGAGUGUGAGAAUUUUCGGAAUGUUGUCCAUGUUGUAGACAACCACAUGCUUAUAUUUGACCCCAAGGAACAGCAAACUACGUUUUUUGGUGGGCAAAGACUUCGGAACAGGGAUCUCAACAAAAGAUCCAACAAGGACUUGCAAUUUGUGUUUGAUCAUGUUUUUGGAGAGCAUUCAUCUCAGGUGGAUAUCUUUGAGAACACUACUAAAGGGAUAAUUGAUGGAGUAUUGAAUGGUUAUAACUGUACAGUCUUCGCUUAUGGUGCAACAGGAGCAGGCAAGACGCAUACAAUGUUGGGCUCAAGCAACGACCCAGGUGUGAUGUAUCUCACUAUGAAUGAGCUCUUCAAUCGCAUGGAACAAGUAAAGGAAGAAAAAGUAUUUGAUGUAGCAUUCUCUUAUCUUGAGGUCUAUAAUGAGCAGAUCCGGGACCUCUUGGCUAAUGUAGGUCCUCUUGCAGUGAGGGAGGACCCCUCAACAGGUGUGGUUGUCCAAGGCCUUACCCUGCACAAGCCAAAGUCUGCUGAGCACAUCCUUGAAGCUUUGGAUUAUGGCAAUCGGAAUCGAACCCAGCACCCCACAGACAUGAAUGCCACCUCUUCAAGGUCUCAUGCUGUAUUUCAGAUCUACUUGAAACAACAGGACAGAACAGCCAGCCUUAAUCCAAAUGUUCGUGUGGCCAAAAUGAGCCUGAUUGACCUUGCUGGAUCAGAACGAAUGAGUGCAACUAAUGCAAAGGGGGCACGUCAGCGGGAAGGUGCUAACAUCAAUCGCUCACUUCUUGCCCUGGGAAAUGUGAUCAAUGCACUGGCUGACACUAAGCUGAGUAAGAAAGCCCACAUACCAUACAGGGACAGCAAGCUAACACGACUCCUGAAAGACUCUCUUGGUGGGAACUGCAGGACCGUCAUGAUCGCCAACAUUAGUCCCUCCUCCAAGUCUUUUGAUGAUACCCACAAUACGCUUAAAUACGCCAACAGGGCCAAAGAGAUCAAAUCAUCGCUCAAGAGGAAUGUUGUCAGCUUGGACAGUCACAUCAGCGAGUAUGCAGUGAUUUGCGAGAGGCAACGUCAAGAGAUCAUUCAGUUGAAGGAGAAACUGAAAGGGUAUGAUGAGAGGAAAAUGGGCUCUAAUACCAUCUCCAAUACCAAUAAAAUGUCAGAGUCCCUGAAGAGCAUCUUCUCCAGUCGUACUCAGAUCAGAAAGGAGUGCCUUGUCCUGGAGCGGCAGCUGAAGGAGAAUGAGCUGCGUCAGCGCAUUAGUGAGGAGUGCUAUCAUCGUGUCCAACUCUUCAGUGCCAAAGACAAGACUGAUAAGGCUACCUGCAAACACGAGCGUAAGCUGGCGUCCCUGCUCUCACAGCAACAGUACAUACGCAAGAGGCUGGAAGAGACUGAGAAGCGAUUCCUUGAGAAUGACAACUGGCUGCACCGUGUGGAGAAUGAGAUGAAGCUGCAAGAACAAGACUCACAGCUUCCACAGGAACUCCAGAAAGAACUUCAAUGCCACAGGCUGCUGCUACAGGUCGAGGACCUCAAGCAGCACAUUGAGCAAAUGACCCACCUCAUCAGUCUUCAGGAUCAGGAGAACAAACAGACUAAGAAGAUGGUACACAUGCUGCUGCCAGCCUACAGCAAACAGUACUGCAAGUUGAAAGGUUCAGGCCUGAUUACAGCUGCCGAUGAGGCUGAGAACCAGGACCUGGAGCACCUGGUCCUCAGGGAGAGGGUUGUGGUGUGGGCCGAUCAAGAGAAUGCAGGGGAGCAGAUGGACGAGGAUAUCCCGGCUAAGGGCUCCAGAUGUAGACCAGAGCUUGCACCCAUCCUGUCAUUUUCACAUCUUGUUCAUCCCCAUCAAAACAGCCCCUGCAGCUCAGAGGCCCAGGUGGAUGUGUUGGAACCCCUUCCUAAAAAACCUACAAGGAGGAAGCUAGCAGUGUCCCCGCAAAAACAUAGGAGUGUUUUCCCUGCCUCAAAGCGGGAUCCCACGGUCUUCCAGGAGGUGUUGAGACCGGAGGGGAUUUUUCCACUGCAGUACACUCCAGAGCCCAGCAGUACACUCAACAGGUCUUCAGUCCUGCCUCAUCAGGUCUCCGCAGAUUGUGAUCACAACAUGACAUUUGACAUUGAAGACGAAAACAAUGAAGCAGCCCCUGCUGACACAGCCAUCAGCCUUUACCAAUGCAGCCCCAAUAAUCAAGCUGAGUCUUUAUGCCACUCAGGCCCAAGGCAACUGCCAGAACUGCAAGCUAAUGACAUCAACAGACCCCUCAAAAGAUUGGCAAUGCUGAAUGUCAGACAGGGCAAGACCUACAUGGCCAUGACUUCGGCUGUGCAGGGCAAACGCAAAAUAAACGUAAACUACCGAGCACAGCACAGUCUUGCAGCACCCAAGCGCAUAAAGCAGGACCCCUCAGUAGCAGCAAGCAGACCUCUAAGAGUGCAUCGUUUGGCCCGUGUGUGCCACAGUACCAGUAGUUUUAAGUGACCUAGAAAAAGUGUAAUUUGCUUUCAUUGACUAUUUAUAAAAUAUCUUAGGAGUAGGUUUUCCCAAGCAGUUUUGUUUUUUAAACAACAAUAAAGGAACUUAUGUCUGCUGGUAUAUUAUCGUCCUCUUUAAUUUUGAAGGAUUGUGUUGGCUUAGGACAAAACAAAUGUU